UCUCCUGAUUGAUUCGGGAGUCUUGCUAUUCUGGUUAAAACUACAGAAGACAAAAGAAAUCUGGCGAAAUAUGGCUGCAGAGGGCCUUGUCACGCGUCGGGUUCAGGUGGCAGAACAUCCCAGAUUGCUGAAGCUGAAAGAGAUGUUUAACUCUAAGUUUGGAUCCUUUCCCAAGUUUUAUGUUCGAGCACCUGGAAGAGUCAAUCUAAUAGGAGAGCAUAUAGAUUACUGCGGAUAUUCUGUUCUUCCUAUGGCUGUAGAACAAGAUAUGCUAAUAGCUGUGGAACCUGUGAAAACACACACUAUCCAGCUGGCCAAUACAAACCCCUUGUAUCCAGACUUCAGUACUAGUGCUAAUAACAUUCAGAUUGACAAAACCAAGCCUCUGUGGCACAACUAUUUCCUAUGUGGAUAUAAAGGAAUUCAGGAACACUUUGGUCUUAGUAAUCCGACUGGAAUGAAUUGCCUGGUAGAUGGAAACAUCCCACCAAGUUCUGGCCUUUCCAGCUCCAGUGCUUUAGUCUGUUGUGCUGGCUUGGUAACACUCACAGUGUUGGGAAUGAGCCUAUCUAAGGUGGAACUUGCAGAAAUCUGUGCUAAGAGUGAGCGUUAUAUUGGCACUGAAGGAGGAGGCAUGGACCAGUCCAUAUCAUUUCUUGCAGAAGAAGGAACUGCCAAGUUGAUAGAAUUUAGUCCUCUGAGGGCAACUGAUGUGAAACUCCCAAGUGGAGCAGUGUUUGUGAUUGCCAACAGUUGUGUGGAAAUGAAUAAAGCAGCAACUUCUCACUUCAAUAUCAGAGUGAUGGAGUGUCGGCUGGCUGCAAAGCUUCUGGCUAAGUACAAAAGCCUGCCAUGGGAUGAAAUACUGCAGCUGGAGGAAGUACAAGCCAAACUAGGGGUCAGUCUGGAGGAAAUGUUGUUGAUCAUAGAGGAUGCACUUCACCCAGAACCCUAUAGCUGUGAGGAGAUCUGUAGGUGUCUCGAAAUUAAUCUGGAGGAGCUCCGGACCCAAAUCCUGAGGCCAGAUACUCAAGAUGUGCUCAACUUCAAACUCUACCAGCGUGCAAAGCAUGUGUACAGUGAGGCUGCGCGAGUGCUCCAGUUUAAAAAGAUAUGUGAAGAAGCACCUGACAACAUGGUCCAGCUGCUGGGGGAGUUAAUGAAUCAGAGUCAUUUGAGCUGCAGGGACAUGUACGAGUGCAGCUGCCCUGAGCUGGACCAGCUGGUGGACAUCUGUCGGAGGUUUGGGGCUCAAGGAUCUCGACUUACCGGAGCAGGAUGGGGAGGCUGCACAGUAUCGAUAGUACCUGCUGACAAGCUGUCCAGCUUCCUAGCAAAUGUGCAGGAAGCUUAUUACCAGAGGAGUGCCCGAAGCUCAGGACCAGAGAAGCAGAGUUUGUUUGCUACAAAACCUGGAGGUGGGGCUUUGGUUUUACUUGAGGCCUAAACAAUGCAAAACAUCCCAGAGAAACUAUGUAGGGUGUUUAGGAACUGGCAGGGCUUCCUAUGCCACAGUAAUUUAAUCCUCUUUCUGUUUUGUAUUAUGAUGAAUGGUUGCUAUUAUCAAGAUGUACUUCCUAAGAAAUGGUUGAAAGCUCUCUAUGCUUCAUAAUGAUUAUUUUUCCAUCUUAAAAUAUAUUUCCUACCAAUAAGAGCCAAGAUUAUGCUUGGAUAGAUCUUUAAGGAUGAUUUAUUGAGAUUUAUUGAUUUGAAUAUUUUAAAAGAUGGAUAGUAAAAUGCACAAUUAAUUCUGACCUCUUUUCACAAAUUGUACUUGAAUUAAACAUACUGUGCUACAAUUAAAGUGA